GAAUGGAUUGCAGGUACACAUAUACAUGAGGAAUAAGUAUUUUUUCUCAAAAUUGCUGUUUUUAGGAACAUGAAAAUACACUGGACUCUUGAGUGCAUGUUUACCAUUAUAAUAUACAGUUGUAUGCAAAUGUUUGGAUACCCCUGAGCAAGAUCCGUAUUUUGUUGAUUUUUUAAGUGAAAAUAAGUAAUUACAACCCCUGCAGUAAAGGGUAAUUUCAAAUUUAGGAUUCCUUCAAAUGCUUCUGCACUUUUUGUCAUAGUUAAAAAUAGAAAAAAAUACCAGUAAUUGUGGCAUGUGAAAAAGAUUCAUUAAAAGCCUUAUUAGGACUUGUAAAAAAGGGUCAAUAGUUGCUAUUCGGUAAUGUCAGUUCAUGUCAAUUAAUUCCAAAUGUCCUGCAACAUGUAACAGAGUUAAAAAUGUAGUGUAUGGUUUUAUAUGAUUUUCGCCAAAAUGAAACUGCCUUGUUUACAAGUGUGAAUGGGAGCCACCUUUGGCCAUAUGGUGUACUGCAGAUCUGCUGCGCAAAGUCCAGUGCUGCUUCCCUACCCGAUCAGAGAAGCCUAUGCUUUUGAUCGGGUAGGUUGACUGUACAAAGAACUGUACCUGGUAUGUUCCCGACUAGCUGUAAACUCCGCUAGCCACGUCCAUGCUUUAAAUGUACUGUUCGAUAUAGCAUGCAUGGAUUUAACUGUUUAGUUAAACAUGCAUUGAAAGUAUUAUUACGUAUUAAGUAUUAUUAUUAUGACAGCGAAUGUUUGCGAGUUUUACUGAACGUUAAUUAGCUGUGGUUCCAUGUGUUCAGACAUUCUGUCUGGCGCCUUGCUGGCUAGCAAGCGCUGAUAGUGUACAAUGGGAUAUUGACGUAGAUGUUGCCUAUAUGUAACGCGAUGCAUUCUUUAUAUUUUGCUUGUGCAGAUGCUUUAUGUUCACACCAAAGUCUGAAGGCAAUGUUUUGAUUUAUUUUCUAAAGGAAAAUAAAAGAAAGAAAGUUCAACAGUUUCGCCUCCGUCUCCCCGUUGCUUGACCAUCGUUACACUGGUGCCGUGACCUUGUGAUCCCAGAUCAGCUUGAUGCAGAUCGUCGCGCCGAGGGAGCUGCGUUGACAUCUAGGAACGCUGUCUGUGCUACAUUUUUGUUUAUGGUCAGGUACUCUGGGCUGUCAAUAAAUGAGGAUUCUGAGUGAACUGUUUUAAUAACAAUUCAGGGCAAAACUAGGUUUUAUGCAAUUUUUUUUUCCUCUUCUCUCAUUCCUGUUUUUGUGGUAAAAUGGCUAGUAAGUUAAAGCCAGAUGAUGUGUCUGACAUUAGCCAGUUCUCUUUCGGGAGUAGAGGUAUGAUAGAGGGUCUGAUAGGAGGUUGUUUAAAGUCGAGGGAGUCUGUUGGGAUAGAUGUGGGUGCUUCUCCUGUGUUGCCUGCAGGAAAUAGGGAUUUAAGGUUGGAACAGGACUCAACGGAAUCGCCUAGGCAGAUGUCACGAGAUAUGCCACAUUAUUCAACUCCUUUUGAUGAAAAUGCCACAUUGCAUCAGUUAACUGAUAUGAUCUCACUUUUAGGCUCACAGAUAGGCGAGUCUAUCACAGCCUCUCUUGUUUCUAAUGGCGUCAUUGGUGGGGUUGUUCAGGGUAAUACACCUAUGCGCCAUGCAGGUGAUACACAGUCCAGUCUACACAACACCCAGAACACCCAGCCAAGUGGUAGUGCAAGUACACUUAGUGAGAACACACAAGUUAAUGUUGUUGUACGGUCUGACAAGGAGCCUGUGAUUUUCAGGGGUGAUAAUACAGACAAAUACUCAGUGAAGGAAUGGGUUGAGUUAAUGAAAGCAUACAUCAAGAAACAGAACUUUGACGUUUCAUCACAGGUGGAGGCUGUAAUGGGGAGGUUGAUGGGGAAAGCCAGGGAUGUAGUUAGGGUAGGCCUGAGGAGCGACCCCUCACUUCAGUCUUCAUGCACACCAGAGGUCAUGUAUGGCAUGCUGACACAGUAUUUCAGUAACACAUCCUCAAGCAUGCCCCUCCAAGAUUUUUACUCAACUCUGCCCAACCAGAGAGAGAAUCCCGUUGAUUAUUGGCUACGCCUUAACAAGGCUGCCGAUGUAGCUGAAGAGGGUCUGAAGCGUCAGGGCAGACACACAGAGAAUAUGGGAGGCGAGAUUGCCAAGAUGUUUGUGAACCACUGCCCAGAUCUAGAGUUUGCGUCUGUGUUCAAACAUAAGCAGAUACGUGAAUGGUCAACAAAGAAAGUGCAGGAGAGAAUAGAUGAGUAUCAGCGUGAGCAGGUGUCCUCGGUGAAAGUGCACGUGCUUAAGACUCAUGCAGCUGCACUGAUUUGCCACGAAUCACGCAUGGAGUCCCGCAACACUUCUGACAUGGAAACGUCCUGUCCUAAUGUCUUCUCUCCUCCAGCUAUCUCUUCAGUGGGUGUACUAUCUCUCUCUCCCUCAUCUGUCCUGUCACAGAACCAGCAGCAUUCUCUCUCUCCUAUCUCUCAGAGCCAGCAGUCAUAUGUGCCGCCCCUGCCACAGCAUCGGCAACAACAAACUCUCUCUUCACUGCCACAGUAUCAGAGGGCGUCCCCAUCCUUUGCACCUCAGGGCCAGUUGCCGCUGAAUCAACAGCCAGGCAAUGACGCUAUGCUUGGCGAGAUGAAGAGAGCUGCUGUCUAAUGUGCAGGUUGGACACACAAGGCCCGCAGCGCGCCGAGGUGGCAGACAAUUUCGAGGCCAGCCUCAUGUCCAUGCAACGAGCUGGCAGGUCUGUAAUGAUACAAGCCACACCACCGAGUCACACUGCCGUUGUAACCGUCUCUGCUUUACAUGUUUCAAGCCCGGCCAUACAAGCCCCAGUCAUUCCCCUGCCCGGGGGAACGUACAGGGAAGCUAGUUGGCUUGUGCUUUGAGGGAGGUCGCACAGGCCAUGACAAAAACUCCCACGUUAAUGAUGCAGCUAAGCUGGUUGACAAAGUGAAGAAUUUGGAUAAAUCAGAGACCGUUGUCAUUCAGAAUACUCAAAAACUCAGGAGCAGUGACAGUUUAUUUUAUACUCCUGUUAAAGUUGAAAACAAAGUGACUCUUGGCGCUAUGUUAGAUAGCGGUUCAAUGGCCUGUUCAUUAAGCGCUGAGCCUGUAAAAAGCUGAUUGAUGCUGGUGUUCAUCUGAAUAAUCAAGAGAUGACUGACGUUGUCUUUGUUGAAUGUGGAGGUGUGCGCGUGAAGCCUGAAUCAGUGGUGAACCUUGAGAUGGCAGUGUAUGGAUGCAGAGUGUCAGUGCCCACUUUCGUUGUACAGAAUCAGCAAGAUGAUUUAAUCAUUGGCUCAAAUGUCGUGAGACAUGUAGUUCGUCAGUUCAAAUGUGAUGCAAACUACUGGAAAGCCGUGUCAUCUGAUGAUGAAGUACCAGACAAGGUUGGAACAGUCAGGUGUAACAGAGCUGUCACCCUGCCGGCCGGCAGUGAGUUUCUAGUGUGGGGCAUGCCAAGAUAUCAUCAAAAAUGCCAAGAUAUCUCCCGGUAGCACUGUUUUAACUGAGCCGACGUCAUCUCAUUCCGCGCCCAGAGGCAUUAUGGUUGCCAGAGUCGUAACACCUCUCUGGAGCGACAGGUGGGUCCCUCUCAAGAUUCUUAACAUCUCGGACAGCCCUGUCACGCUGCGGAGGAAUGCCAAGCUCGCCGAUGUCUACACUUGUCUAGCGCUGGAGGAUAUGGAAGCCCCUGAGGUCAGUGCCGCUCAACAGGCCACAUCUGUCAGUCCUGCAGGAACAUCUGCGCCGACAGCGAACAUCAAAACUGUGCGGGAGAGACUGGAGCAUGUUGGCCUGAGGGAUCUUGACCUGGAGUCUUGUGACGUGAUGGCAGAGUGGCAAAUAUCAGAAAGCAGUAAUCAGAAAGUCCGCCAGCGAGUUCGCCUCACCUCUCGUCCUGGUGUGGAAGAAAAAUGGUGACUUGAGGGUGUGCACAGACUUCAGAUGGCUCAACAAACGAACACUGAAGUAUGCCCAUCCCCUUCCACACCAAGCUGACUGCAUAGCUGCUCUGGGUGGGAACACGUUCUUCAGCACAAUGGACCUCACGUCCGGGUUUUACAACAUGCCGCUGCAUGAAGACGACCGCAAGUAGCAUUCACAACACCCAUGGGCUUGUACGAGUACAACCGUCUCCCGCAGGGCCUGUGCAACAGCCCAGCCAGUUUCA